AUGGGCGGCAUCAAAGACAACGACAACACCAACACCAACAUCAACGGCGCAGAGGGUAGCAGCAGCUAUCUAGGCCCCGGACACACGAGUGUCCUCAACCCGGCCGAGUCAUCCGGCGAAUUCCUGGGCUUGCGAAACCAAAAGGGCGCAGCGCAAGCACAUACGGCUUUCAGAGUGGCCGAGUCGGGGGGCUUUGGCAACGAGAGACCGAACAACGGGGACGGUGCGAGCGAGUUCAAGGAGACUUGCGACACGGAAGACCAUAGCUUUAUGGGACGCAAACCUGGUGGUCCGGACCAUUUGAUGGGAAGUUCGUUCUUGAAAGGAGCUGUGGAUCGAUUUACCAAAUGA